UGUUUCCACCUUCCUUGUCCCAAGUCCAGUCACCUGCCGAAGUCAACGCUUCAUCACGGUCACUACAUUCAAGAUGUUCAUGGCCUCUCGGAUCCAGACCCGCGCCUUCUCGGCGUCGGCGAGAAACCUCUCCAAAGUCGCCGUUCUCGGUGCAGCCGGAGGCAUUGGCCAGCCGCUGUCUCUCCUCCUCAAGCUCAACCCCAGAGUCACCGAACUCGCCCUCUACGAUAUCCGCGGCGCUCCCGGCGUUGCCGCCGAUGUCUCGCACGUCAACACCAAGUCGACGGUCAAGGGCUACGAGCCUACCCCGAGCGGUCUCGCCAACGCGCUCAAGGGCGCCGAGAUCGUGCUGAUCCCCGCCGGCGUGCCCCGCAAGCCCGGCAUGUCGCGCGACGACCUGUUCAACACCAACGCCUCGAUUGUGCGCGACCUGGCCAAGGCCUGCGCCGACUCGUGCCCCGAGGCCAACAUCCUGGUCAUCAGCAACCCCGUCAACUCGACCGUGCCCAUCUGCGCCGAGGUGUUCAAGUCCAAGGGCGUCUACAACCCGAAGCGCCUGUUCGGCGUCACCACGCUCGACGUCGUCCGCGCCUCGCGCUUCGUCAGCGAAAUCAAGAAGACCGACCCGGCCAACGAGAACGUCACCGUCGUCGGCGGCCACAGCGGCGUGACCAUCGUGCCGCUCUUCAGCCAGAGCAACCACCCUGACCUCUCGUCCAACGCCGAGCUGAUCCACCGCGUGCAGUUUGGCGGCGACGAGGUGGUCAAGGCCAAGGACGGCGCCGGCUCGGCCACCCUGUCCAUGGCCAUGGCCGGCGCGCGCAUGGCCGAGUCGCUGCUCCGCGCCUCGCAAGGCGAGAAGGGCGUCAUCGAGCCCACCUUCGUCGACAGCCCGCUGUACAAGGACCAGGGCAUCGACUUCUUCAGCUCCAAGGUUGAGCUGGGCCCCAGCGGUGUUGAGAAGAUUCUGCCCGUCGGCAAAGUCGACGCCGUGGAGGAGAAGCUGCUCGAGGCCUGCUUCGCUGACCUCAAGAAGAACAUCGCCAAGGGUGUGGCGUUUGUCAAGGAGAACCCUGGUAACUAAGUAACGAGCUCUAGGCAAAAGCUAGACGUAAUAAUUGACCGCGCGGAUGACCAAGCCAGCCAUCACGGCUGACCUUGCGUGCCCUUCCGUAUCCACAACUACCCAAACAAGCAGGCAGGGGUUUGGUGGCUGUACAGUAGCAAAUAUCCAAUGUAUUGACGAAUCACCUGGACUCAAACAGUGUGUUAGUACCUGGGCAUUGUCGACGGAGAUGUACCAUUGCAUCGGCUCGGAGUACAAAUCCACCGGGGCCACGCCGCUUCCAUCACGUCUAUCGUCUGUAACUAUACACUUUACACAAACAAAUAACCCCGAU